CAAUCCACAGCGGGGGGAGGUUACGUUUGUGGAUGUCUUCCAAACUGACUGAAACGUAAAAUGAUUCUACGGCUCUUAUGAGAUGUUGUUUUUAUUUGACGUGCCAUUCUCCGUGACUGGAUUGUAAAGGGGGAGACGAUGUCGGACGCCGAAUGUGCUCACAGUCCAGACCAGCUGAAUAAAUUCCAGAAAUUGACAGGCCGGCCGCCGCACGGUGUGACGUUAGCAGGGCAUCGCACACCACCUGCCCGCAGUGGGCACCGCUGCGUCGCUGACAACACUAACCUGUAUGUGUUUGGUGGGUACAACCCUGACUACGAUGAGUCAGGAGGCUCAGAAAAUGAAGACUAUCCACUUUUCAGGGAGCUAUGGAGGUAUCAUUUUGCAACAGGCUGCUGGCAGCAGAUCCGAACAGAGGGCUACAUGCCCACAGAGCUGGCAUCAAUGUCAGCUGUUUUGCACGGUAACAACCUCCUGGUGUUUGGGGGCACCGGAAUCCCCUUUGGUGAAAAUAAUGGCAACGACGUUCACGUUUGUAACGUGAAGUACAAACGAUGGUCGCUGCUCAACUGUCGAGGGAAGAAGCCCAACAGAAUCUAUGGACAGGCAAUGGUUAUUAUAAACGGCUUCCUGUACGUGUUUGGAGGGACAACAGGUUAUAUCUACAGCACAGACCUACACAGGCUGGACCUGACCACAAGAGAGUGGAUCCACCUUAAGCCCAACAACCCUCCCGAUGACCUGCCCGAGGAGCGAUAUAGGCAUGAAAUAGCACAUGAUAGACAGAGGAUCUAUAUUCUGGGAGGAGGAACUUCCUGGACAUCAUAUCCUUUAGAUAAGAUACAUGCUUAUAAUCUGGAAACCAAUUCCUGGGAGGAGAUUACAACUAAACCUCAUGAAAAGAUAGGCUAUCCUGCUCCUCGAAGGUGCCAUAGCUGCGUGCAGAUACGCAACGAUGUAUUUAUCUGUGGAGGCUACAAUGGGGAAUUGAUAUUAGCUGAUCUGUGGAAAAUCAACCUUCAGACUUUCCAGUGGAGCAAACUACCAGCAGUGAUGCCCGAGCCAGCCUACUUUCACUGUGCUGCUGUUACCCCAGCUGGCUGCAUGUACAUCCAUGGUGGUGUGGUGAACAUCCAUGAGAACAAGAGAACUGGCUCUCUGUUCAAGAUCUGGCUGACUGUGCCCAGCCUGUUGGAGCUAUGCUGGGAGAAGCUCCUCAAGGCCUUUCCCCACCUUUCUUCACUCCCCACCAUGCAGCUGCUCAACCUGGGCCUCACACAGGAACUCACUGAACGUUUGAAAUAGACUUAGCGGAGCAAGAACACGUAAAAUGGAAGGGACAGCGAGGAGAGUGGCUCAGUACAAAAUUGAAUUCACAGGAAGUCUUAGGGUGACCCAAGCCCCGCCCUGCCCUCCCGCCUGACGUAGCCUCGCCUUAAAACCAAAAACAAUGGGAUGCCUUUUUGUUUUCUUUUUCUUCCUUUUUUUUUGUAGUUAAAGUGAUGAAGAACAGAGUAUAUGUGGAAUGUUUUAUGGAUUUUACUCAAGACCCUGUCCCCCCCACUGGUCCCUGCACUUGUGUCAAACUAAUACAGUCAUGGUUUUCAUCAAACAGCUGGAAAUGGUUUAUUUUGCCCCGGCAUGAAGUCAAACACUGUUUUCUCCCAUUGUUUGUUUGUUUGUUUUUUGUCCAAAUCGGCAUUAUCUGGUAAUUUUAAAAGUUCAGUGUGAAUGACGAAUGCAUGUAUAUUAAAAUGAAAUCACUUUUUAUGGGGGAGGGUGGGGUAGCUUCGUGAACUGAUGUUGCAGUUUGCACAUUUUUGUCUUACAUAUUUGUGGACAUUCGGUUUUUUGUUUUUGUCAUCUUUAAAAAAAAAAAAAAUUCUUCAUGCAGAGGCGACGAUAGUAUUGACAUCAGUCUGAAACAGUGGCAGAUGGUGGUUUGAACCAUGGCGGUGUUUUUUGCACAUUUUAGCCAAUUUAAUACAAUUCCCUAUCUAAUAUAUAAUUUUCAUUUCUACUGACCUGUUGUAG